AACCGCAGAAGCAGGGGACUUUCUUUGCCGUUCUCUCUCUCCGGCGUUUCAAGAAUCCUCAUUUUUCUGCAGCUCACGAAUGUAUUGACUCCAGACUUGAAUUCGAUUGCAUCGCCAUUGCGACGGACUUGUGCCUUUCGUUACCUCGAGCUGUUUUCUGAGAUAGCAUAAUGGAUGACAAAGAUGUAGAAAUGCAUGACGCCCAAAAGCCUGAUUCAGGAAAUGAAAUCAAAGAAGCCAAUUAUAAAGUGUUAGACUUUAAGAGUGAAUUUAAAGACGAUGACCCUCCCUCUGCAGUUACUAUUGCAGAGAAUGCAAGUCAAAAUGGAAAUGGUGAUGACGACUCAAAUAAGCUGAGCAAUGAAGCAAAUGAUCAGAUCAAUGCCAUGAGUGAAAUGGAAGCUCAAACUAACCAUGAAAGCGAGACUAUUGAGCCAAUGUCAGUUGAGGGUGUUGAAACAACAGGUGAGCAAGUUGACACUGAAAGUAAGAAUGAAGAGGGAAUCAGUAUUGAGGCUAAUUCAAAAGUGCAAACUGCGCCUGAAAGUGGUAUGAAGAAUGAUGUGGUUGAGGAAAGUGGUGCUAAUGAUGGUUUGAAAGAGGAAAAUCCAGUUGCAAAUGAUGUUGAAAGUGAAAUUCCUGUUAAAAAUGUGGUUGGAAAUUCCAAUGGCCACAUUGUAGUGGAAAAGUCCAAAGAGAGCGGGGAGAAUGAAGAAAGUGUUAAAAAUGUUGCGGAAAGAGAAAUGGAAGGUGAAAACGUGGAUAGUGGGGGUGGUUUUAGUGACAAUGAUAAACUUCAAACCGGAUUAUCUUCAAACGAGGCUCCUCAAGUCCAAACCAUUACAUCAGUUGAGGUUCCACAGAGUGGGGACAAAGAGGUGGAAGAUGCAGUUAAUGCAAAUGAGGAUAAAGUAGUUAAUGAUGAACCAAAACAACAGGAUAAAGAAGUACUUCUAGCUGCGUGUGUAACUGAUGGGAAUACCAAGAGUGUGGAAACUAUAACUAGACUCGAAGGGAGUGAUUCGUCUCUACCAAAUAAGCAUGAAGUUGGUACACCCAAUUCCACUGUCAGAUAUUUUCCGACAAAUAUGGGGAGCCAUAGCGGAGAAGCCGGAAAGACUGUUUGCAGUCAGGCCACACUACCUCUGAUAGCAGACGGUGACGAUGGAACGCCAGAGGACCAAGCAGCAUUUAUAAGGGAACUUGAAAGUUUUUAUCGUGAGAGGGCAACAGACUUCAAACCACCAAAAUUUUAUGGUCAACCAUUAAAUUGCCUGAAGCUAUGGAGAGCUGUGAUUAGAUUGGGAGGUUAUGACAGGGUAACUGGAUCCAAAUUGUGGCGACAGGUGGGAGAGUCAUUUCAUCCACCAAAGACUUGUACAACAGUUUCAUGGACUUUCCGCAUUUUCUACGAGAAGUCUCUUUUAGAAUAUGAAAAGCAUAAGAGACAAAGUGGUGAUCUUCAACUCUCAGUAGCAAUGCUCCAUGACGCUUCUGGUGCUGAUAGUGAGGGUAAUGGCUAUCAAGGAUCAGGACCAGGAAGGGCUAGAAGAGAUGCUGCUGCUCGUGCUAUGCAAGGUUGGCAUGCCCAGCGCCUUUCAGAUUACGGAGAAGUUGGUGAGCCUGUUAUAAAGGACAAGAACAUCAAUAUGGUGAAGCGUGAGAAAAACACUAAAAGCAUUGCUUCUCUCAAGCAAAAGAGACCAAAUGAGGUUGAGCUUCCAGUCAAGUCUAUUCGUACUGAAACAUCAAAGCAGCUUGUGACAUCAGUUGUUGAUGUGGGUCCUCCAGCAGACUGGGUGAAGAUAAACAUACGCCAAACGAGGGAUUGUUUUGAAGUUUAUGCACUGGUCCCAGGGCUUCUUCGUGAAGAGGUGCGGGUCCAGUCAGAUCCUGCUGGGAGAUUGGUCAUAACCGGCCAGCCUGAGCAAGCUGAUAAUCCGUGGGGCAUUACCCCAUUCAAGAAGGUAGUCAGCCUACCAGCCAGGAUCAACCCGCUUCAAACGUCAGCUGUCGUUAGCCUUCAUGGACGCCUCUUCGUCCGGGUUCCUUUCGAGUCAAAUAGCUAAACCUAAAGGUUCAAUAUUCUAUUUAUAGAUUUUGUUCAGAUUAAUUAUUAGCGAACAUCCGGUGUGACUACCGUGCCUGCAAAAGUUGGCUCUGUGAAUGUGUAACUUUGGCCAUGCAUGAUUGUGUUUGCAGUUUAGAUUGUAGAGGUCUCACAUUUUAGUUCAAAGUUAGUAGUGAGAAACAUCAUUAGCUUAGUAGUUCUACAGUGUAAGAAUUCACAAAGUUUUAUCGAUUCAAUUCAUUAACUCCAAUGCAAUUUGCAAUAUCUUUUAUGA